AGACUCAACCCGACAAGUAAAUCUCUUCCGUCCCUGUUUCGUGUAAUGAUCACGAGAAAGAAAGUAACAAAAAAUAAUAGGAUCGGAAUUGACUUUGGCGUUUCCUUACUCUCUAAGAAAAAAAAAAAAAUCUUUCUUUCUUCUCUUCUAUCGGUUUCUGAUAAGCACAAAGAGAGAGACUCGUGAUCAAUGGAGAAGCCUCUGCUUUCAGGUAAUAAAACUAAGGAAUCUGAGAGAUGGGAUUCAUACCAAUACCUUCAGAGAAACAUCUCCUCUGCUCGUAACAACGUCUCUUUCGCCGGAGCUGGCGUCACCGUCGAGGAAGUCCGUUCCGCUUCCGCUGUUUCCGAUCCUCCGCCUCUCUACCCUCCCGUUCUAACCACCCCCGUCUCGUUGCCCACUCCGGAAGCUAUUGGCUACCCGAGUGCGUCUGGAGCAGGUCAUGAACUGCAAAGGCAGGUGCUUGAUGAGAUUGAGAUAAGAGAGCUGCUUAUUGAUCACAUCGGCCACCGUUGCUGUUGGGGAAGCCGUCCAGCUCGCACGUGGAAGAUCCGUGCGGUUGAAGACUGCAAUGUCUAUGUGGGAACUCUCGACACUUUUAUCGAAGAGAGGGAAGCUUUAACACAGACAGUGCCUUUCAACGGUGGGAACUUCAAACAUGGAUCUGCUCCUGAGUUAUGGCAAAUAGACCUGAGGUCGCAGUUUCCAACUCUCUUUGUUCCUUACAAAGAGACUCGAGUCCCGGUUCCUCAUUCUGAGACUGUUGACAAGUGCACUGGUUGCGGAGGAAGAGGAGAAGUAGUGUGUCCAACGUGUAAUGCUGAUGGAGAGCCUGGGUUUUACAAGGAGAAUCAGGUGAUGAAGUGUUCUAAGUGUUAUGGAAGAGGUUUGAUUGCUCAUAAAGAUGGAUCUGACUCAAUAUGUGGAGAAUGUAAUGGUGGGGGAAAGCUUCCUUGUCCGAAUUGCCAAUCUCGUGGGUUAGUCAAAUGCGAGACUUGUGACGGUUCUGGCUCUCUUCUGACAAGCAGCAUUGCAGUUGUAAAAUGGAAGACACUGUCAAAGCGAAAGGUGAGUGCAACGAGAGGAGCUGGCUCUGUACCAGAAGAAGUGUUUCACAGAGCAGAAGGUGUUCAGCUUUGCAACACACAAGCUUACCAGUGCACACCAGCUUACUUUGCAGACUCAUACUUCCUAAACAAGUUCUCCUCAGAAGUCAUCUCGUUGAGAGCUGAAGUUCCACCAACGGCGAAUGUUGUCUGCGAGAGGCACGCCAUAUCUGUUGUGCCUGUGACACGCGUCACGAUGGAAGAUCGUGGGAAAGCCUUCAACUUUUACAUUAUCGGUUUUGGUAAAGAGAUUUACAUGAAAGAUUAUUACCCAGCUAGGUUCUGCUGGGGGUUGUGUCCUUGUCUUGAGUGGUUAAAAGUUUGAAAACACACAGAGUUGGUCUUUUGAACUUCUCUACUUUGAAUGUAAGAAACACGGAAUAAGGAAAGAGAUUGCAUGUACACAAAACAUAGCAUCAUUAGCAUGCAAUGCAAUGUGUGGUUUAUACAUAUAUAUGAUAGUUUGAAAAUGUGUA